AUGACCAAGCACAUCAGUAUCAGCUUGCUAAAGGCAAUCAUACUUUUCAACCCAAACCGCCCUAACCUCUCGCAUAAACUCAAUGUCAAACUAGAGCAGCAACUUUACAUUUAUUUACUACAGCGAUAUUUACUAUUGAAAUGCCGAUCGAAACCAGAAUCGCAAACAAUGUUACAAAAACUGAUGACAAUGUUAAUGGACGUCCACUUUGUGAGUGAAUUAGAGUUAACGCAUGUCCCUAUGUAUAAGGAGUUAACCGAUUAUAACGGUAUUAAUGAGUUGGAGAGAAAUAGGAUCAGGGAACUUAUGAGCGCUUCCAAUUUGACGGCUAUCGUAUUAUUCAACCCGAAUCGACCCCACCUAACCCAUAGGCACAAUGUUAAAACGUUGCUAUAA